AUGGAGCUCGCUCGUCGUUACCGUCGCGUCGGCGACUUGGGUUCUGUUCGACGUCUACAAAUUCAACUUCGUCACCGUCGUGGCGUGGAUCGGCAUGGCGGUCGUCACUUCCCUCUACCUCUACGGCCACCUCGUCAGGCUUUUCCGGAAGGAAGAGCCGGAUCUGAUGGACAGGCAAUUCAUGAGGGAGGAGAGAGUGGUGGAGGCGGCCAAAUCGACGGAUACGCUCCGAAUUCCGAUGUAGUAAAAUGUUGGGGACAGUGGGUUGACGAUUAA